AUGGAACUGUCAAACAUGAGCACUUUUCAUCCGGACUACUUCUUUCUCAUUGGAAUCCCUGGCCUGGAGGAAUCUCAUCUCCUGCUCUCCAUCCCAUUCUCUAUCAUGUAUGUCAUGUCUCUUCUUGGAAACUCUACCUUGAUUUUGGUGAUUGGAACAAACAAGACUCUCCAGCAGCCCAUGUACGUAUUCCUGAUGAUGUUGGCCGCCUGUGACAUCCUCCUGAGCUCCACCACCGUACCCAAGACUCUCAGCAUCUUCUGGUUUAACUCUCACACAAUCUCCUUUAAUGGUUGUCUUGUCCAAACCUUCUCCAUUCAUUUCAACUUUGUAAUGGAAUCUGCAAUCUUAGUGAUCAUGGCCUAUGAUCGAUUCUAUGCCAUUUGCCGCCCUUUAACUUACACAUCAACCCUUACCACAUCCUUCAUAAAGAAGGUCAUUGCUGUUGCCCUUUGUAGAAAUGUUUGUUUUAUUACACCAUUUGUUUUCCUACUUUACAGAUUACCGUAUGAAGGCAGCAUUGUAAUAGAGCACACGUAUUGUGAGGACAUGUCCAUGGCCAGGCUGGCUACUGCCGAUAAACUAGUCAAUGUUGUGUAUGGACUUGUCAUAGCAGGUUGUUCUUCUGGUAUAGAUUUAAUCCUCAUAAUAAUUUCAUAUAUUGUGAUUAUCAGGGCAGUUCUAAGACUCCGAUCCUCAGAAGCUCGUCUCAAAGCCUUCAAUACAUGUGUGUCUCAUGUCUGUGUCAUCAUCCUCUUCUACACUCCGGCCUUCUUUUCAUUCAUUGCCCAUAGAGUUGGCUAUAAAUACGUUACUCUUCAGGUUCACAUCCUGGUGGCCAAUCUCUAUGUCCUUUUCCCACCAAUGAUGAACCCAAUCAUCUACGGAGUGAGGACAAGGGAGAUCAGAUAUCAGGUGAUGUCAAUGCUUCGUAGAGAAUUUACUAGAUAUCAAUAA